UCACUGUACCUGGCCAGUACUCCUUCUCAUACGAAAUUACACAUGUACCCUCGCCUCUUUAUAUACCCCUUCUCCCUCACCCCUCGUCUCUCUCUGCAGAUUUUCUCCUUUUACCAUUAAAAAGUCGGAAUCUUUAGGUUGUAUAUUUCGGAUUAAACUAUCUGUGUAAUCAUGAAGUGCCUGAUCCGCCGUCUGUCCCGCGUGGCAGACUCAGCGCAGUACAACCUCCUCCGUUCCGAUUCCCGGCGACCGAGUCGGCGGUUGCAGACGGCGAUCCGGUCAGCAGCUCGGAGAGAGAAGAAGGCGAAGUCGUCGGUACCGCAGGGACACGUGCCAGUGUACGUGGGGGAGGAGAUGGAGCGGUUCGUGGUGAGCGCGGAGGUGAUGAACCACCCGGUUUUCGUGGGGUUACUGAACCGGUCGGCUCAGGAGUACGGGUACGGGCAGAAGGGCGUUAUACACAUCCCCUGUCACGUGCUCGUCUUCGAGCGAAUCAUGGAGACUCUCCGCCUGGGACUCGCCGAGUCACGUGACCUCCAGGAACUCAUCGGAAGCGACGCCAUCUGAUGAUACUCUUGUCGAUUCGUCGUCCUCGCUAGAAACAGUGCAAAAAGGGGAUAGAUCUGUUUGUUUUUGCUCAGAUACAGACAAAAGUAGGAUGUGUUGUUGGUGUAAAUAGUCGUUUGCUCGAUCUGUUUUGAUGGUGGGGUUCUGUCAAGGUUUUUUCUUUCUAUUUAAAUCUUGGUGGACGAACGCUUCUUCUUCGAUAUUAGUAUUAUCUACUUAAUUCGACAU